AUGUUUGACACCAAGACAUGUGCUGUGGACGACGGCAUGGUGGCCGAUGGACCCCUCGAGAAAGAUCUGGAGAAAAAAUCGGACGCGAAGCACCUGGAGCCAUUUGGCAAUGAGGACAACGCCGAGGUCAAGUAUCGGACUAUGAAAUGGUGGCACUGUGGAAUGCUCAUGAUUGCGGAGAAUGUAUCUGUGGGUAUCCUUUCUCUGCCAUCCGCAGUGGCGACUCUUGGAAUGGCCCCCGCUGCUAUCAUGAUUGUGUUCAUCUCUGCUCUUUCAUGGUACACCGGCUAUGUCAUUGGCCAAUUCAAACUUCGUUACCCCGAGGUUCACAGCAUGGGUGAUGCUGGUGAAAUCUUGAUGGGUCCCUUCGGCCGUGAGUUGCUGGGACUUGGCCAGCUGCUACUGCUGAUCUUCCUCAUGGCGAGCAACAUUUUGAUGUUCAAUAUCCUGAUGAACGUACUAACUGACCAUGGUACCUGCACGUUGGUGUUUGGUGUCGUCGGACUGAUCAUCUGCUUCUUGGGUGCUUUGCCUCGUACAAUGGACAAGGUCUACUGGAUGUCCGUCAUCUCAUUCGUCAGUGUCUUUGUCGCCACGCUGUUGACCAUGAUCACCGUGGGAGUCCAGAGCAAAGGACAUGUUGUCAACGAGGCCGUCACGGAUGUCAGCUUCCGCGACGGAUUCUUAGCGGUGACGAACAUCAUUUUCGCCUACUUGGCUCACGUUGCGUACUUUGGCUUCAUGUCCGAGACCGAGGACCCACGCACAUUCAACAAGUCGCUUGCAAUGCUUCAAAUCGUCGACACAGUCUUGUACCUUGUCAGCGCUCUGCUCAUCUAUCACUACGUGGGACCCGAAACCGCCACCAGCCCCGGUGUUCAGUCGCCUGCUAUUCUGUCUCUGAGCCCUCUGAUGAGCAAGAUUGCCUGGGGUCUCUCAAUCCCGACUACCAUUCUUUCCGGUGUUGUCUUAGGCCAUGUCGCGUGUAAAUACAUCUACGUGCGUCUUUUCCGUGGAUCCGACAAGAUGCACAGCCGAAGCUUCCUGUCGAUUGGAUCAUGGGUUGCUAUCUGCAUUGCAGUCUGGGUUGUGGCCUGGGUUGUCGCAGAAUCAAUUCCCGUGUUCAAUGAUCUGCUGAGUCUGAUUAGUGCGCUCUUCGGCAGUUGGUUCAGCUUCGGACUCCCUGCGAUCUUCUGGCUCUACAUGAACCGCGGCCGGUACUUCCAGAACUGGAAGAAGACCGUUCUCACAAUCACCAAUCUUCUGGUGCUGGCUAUUGCCAUUGCCAUUUGCGCAUUGGGAUUGUGGGUGUCAGGUGUCGCAAUCCACGAAGACUCUAACGCUCGAAGUUGGUCUUGUGCCAACACUAAUUGA